AUGACAACCACUACAAACACAGCGAGUCUCCAAACAGUCCCAAUCAGUCCUUCACAACUCAAGAAUGCUCUUGAUAUUCUCAACCAGAUCGACUGCCCCAACAGUACGACUUACUCAAUUGAUCAAAGUCCUUCCAGCUCAUCAAAACCCCCCGUCUUCAAUUCAGAUAAUAGGUCCAAUAGCCGAUUGAUUUCUACUCCGGCGCUAGAAGCCAUCCGAUUGUCGCGAGUCAAUGGACGAACGAAUUCGGGUAACAGCAAGCGAUUGAAGACCGAAUCGCGUCCGAGGACAAGCUCACAGGGGAAAGUGAAUCCGAGUUCGCAGAUGGACUUUCUACGUCGACUGGAGACAUUCAAGUUAUCGAGCUAUCCUGCAGGCAAGCCGCGGGGGUUAUCUCCUCCCAGCAUGGCCGCUCAUGGCUGGACAAACGUACAGAAGAACCGGCUCAAGUGCAUUUGCUGUGGAGCCACUUGGGUUCUCGCGACACCAUCGAAGGGUGAUUGGAGCACGUCGAGUGGUGCUAAGCUGGCCGUCUUGGGCAUCCAGAUGAGGACCGAUCAACAUCGUAACUCGUGUCCGUGGAGGAGUAGGAGCUGUCCUCCUUCAAUCUACCGCAUCCCCCGCUGCAAGAGUAGUCGAGAGACCUUCGAGGCUCUCAUCAAGGCUGCAACAGAAAUCUCCGAUGCUUUGUUUUUCCCAGCCCAACCGGUAUUCCAGAUCCAACAUACCCUCCCCGAUCAGGUCGUCACCACCCUCUCAAUCGCCCUCCAAUCUCAACAUACAUCCGCCACCACCGUCCCCUCUCGCAGCUGCCCGACCACCGACGCCUUGAUCUUGGCUCUCUUCGGCUGGUCCAUCAAACGGGUCCCGAGAGGCAAACGCGACUCUUCACAGUCCGUGAUCGCCCAGCCAUCUGUCCAAACCUCAGACCACUCUGUUGCCUUGGCCGAGCCCUGCGACCUGCCCAGUUUGUAUUGCAGAUUGUGCCAUCGUCAAGCACUCCCCUCUCCCACAUCCACCAAAUCCUUCAACCCGAUCCACGAGCAUCGCGAGUACUGUCCGUUCAUCGACCCUCACGCUGGCUUCGAUCCCCCGCCCGAAUCAGCGGCUCCACUCGACUCGAAGCCUGGAUGGAAAACUCGUCUCGGAGCUAUCCAGAACGUCCUUGACCGUCGGAACUUCGGCGUCGGCCCCUCCUCAGCCGCUCACAACCCGCAACCCCCCCUUAACCAGGCCUACAUGACCCUUGAAAACUUAGCCCUUCACUUCAAUGCACAUCGCCCGGCCGCUCACACCGAUCAUCUGCUAGGACCGGACAAUACUCAUACACAACUUGAUUCACCAGUCAAAUUUUGCCCUCAGAUAAACCUGCUCAACUUUGUCAAAGAAGUCUUGGCUGGACCUCCUUCUCAAUUGCUUUCAUCGUCUUGA